AUGAGUUACCUGGAGCAGCUACGUCGCCACGAAGAAUUCUGUGAAUUUGAAAAGUGGUGUGAACAAGAUCAACGCUGCAACCGGCUUCAAAUCCCCGAUCUACUUGUAGCCCCCAUACAGCACUGCACAAAAUUACCCCUCAUGCUCAGUAACAUAAGGAUGUACACAGAAGAUGAAGAAGAGAAACAGCAAAUCACAGAAUCGAUUGAGAAAGUGGAGAAUUCGUUGUACGAACUCGAAGACAAAAUGAAGUGGUUAAAAAACUACGAACGAGUACGCGAAAUCCACCAACAAUUGAUAUGGCCCACCAUAAAUGAAAUUGAUCCCCGUGUUUUCAUUCCUGAUUUCAUGAAACAUAUGCUUCAGAAACAGCCGUGUGAAAAAUUACUGACUUGUCCCAAAAGACAGCUGAUUUUUGAAGGACAGCUUUCUCUUUUAGAAACAACAAAGACGAUAGAUGCAUAUGUGUUUCUCUUUGACGAUAUCCUUAUCAUCACAAAAUACAAAAAGCCCCCGCGAAAGCAUCAGAGACAGACAAUUAGUGAAGUUGGUCAACGACAAAACAUGGUAUCGACACUGGACCGUGGAACGUUCACAGUUUACCGCCAACCAAUCGCCUUAGACCGUUUGAUUAUGCAUGAUUUGACGUCAUCUGAAGCAAUAUCGUGUGGUUUGAAGAACACGUUCAUCUUACUUCAUAUAAGCCGAUUCCAACAGGUUAUCGGUGUGUAUACAUUACAAACCAAUAACGACUCAACCAAGAACCAGUGGGUAAGCUCUCUGAAAGAGGCGAAAGAAAAAUACGCCGAGAAGCACGGACAGUAUCAAGACAAUCAGAGUGAUCGAACAAGUACGGAGGCGACAUCUCUGCGAUCGGAACCGUCGUCUGAAAAAUUUCCUGAAUGGAAUUCCCUUAAAUGCAGUCACCCAAAGUCGAAAUCGAUGGAUGUUGUUCAUUUCUGA